AUGUCUUUCACCGACAAGAUCAAGGCUGCCAUCAAGGGCGACGUCAAGGAGGGCGCCAAGCUCGAGACCGGCAUCAGACUCAAGGAGAACAACCCUGAACAGGCCGACGUUUCGCUCGAUGGCCUCACGGGCAAGGCGAUCAUUGUGGGUGUUCCCGGUGCCUUCACACCUCCCUGCUCGUCGCAGGUGCCCGGCUACAUCCAGCACGCCUCGGAGUUCCAGUCCAAGGGUGUCAACGACAUCUACAUUGUUGCCGUCAACGACCAGUUCACCGUCAAGGCGUGGAAGGAGAAGCUCGGCGGCGACAGCGCUCCCAACGUCCACUUCCUUGCCGACGACACCGGUGCCUUCACCAAGGCUGUGGGUCAGGACUUUGACGCCAGCGGUUUGCUCGGCAAUCACCGAUCCAAGCGAUACGCGUUUGUCGUCGAGGGUGGCGUCGUUCGCAAGGCCUUUGUCGAAGAUAACGCUCCCGAUGUCACCGUCACUUCGGCUGACAACGUCCUCAAGGCUAUCUGA